AUGGAUUCAGACAAUUCAGAUAAUUACGAUCAAGAAUUUUGGGAGUUGGUUGAAGAAGAAUUUAUGGACGACAGUGAUGAAGAACAACAACUUCAGAAUGAACGUCGAUCUGGAAGUUCCUCUAGGCCAAAGAGAAGAACAACGGUAGAUCAAGAUGCCCUUGGAAAUCAUGAUGAAUAUUUCCAAAUGAGGGUCGAUGCAACUGGUAAAAUGGGUCUUUCACCAUUGCAGAAAUGUACAUCUGCUAUUCGUAUGCUGGCGUAUGGGUCUCCUGCUGACCUUGUAGACGAAUAUGUUCGAAUCGGUGAAAGCACUUCAAUUGAGUGCUUAGAAAGAUUUGUUAAGGGUGUCAAUGUUGUAUUUGGCGCUGAGUAUUUGAGAAAGCCUAACAACACUGAUGUUGAACAUCUUUUACAAAUGGGAGAGUCACGUGGAUUUCCAGGUUCAAACAAUGACAUUAAUGUGCUAAACCAAUCCAACGUGUUUAACGAUAUUUUGGAAGGACGUGCUCCCAAUGGAGAAAAGAAAAAAUUAUUUGCUCAACAUCAAGAAUCGGCUAGAAAAGAUGUGGAGCGAGCAUUUGGAGUGCUUCAAUCUCGAUUUGCAAUUAUACGUGGCCCAGCGCGUGCCUGGCACAUGGACACUCUCAAGCAUACCAUAUAUGUCUGCAUCAUAUUGCACAACAUGAUUGUGGAAGACGAACGACAUACAUAUGGAGGUAAUUUUGAUUACUCUUAUGAUAAUGUGGAUAUCAAUAACUCAACAACUGAAAUAUUUAGCGGUCCUCAUCCGAAUCUUGCAACAAGACUACAAAGAAGAGCAAGUAUUCAAGAAAAACAAGUUCAUCGUAAACUUCAAGGAGAUCUUGUCGAAUAUAUUUGGGAACGUUUUGGACAUGAAGAUGAUGAAAUUUAA